GACCGCACACACCGUUUGUUUAUGAAUCGUAUGAAAGUCAUUAUUUCUCGGGGCAAUUCAUCGGUGGGCCCCCGUCUCUACACUGAACCAAGACCCGCGGUAAAAUCAUCAAGAUCCUCGGUAAAAUCACCAAGACCCGCGGUAAAAUCACCAAGACCCGCGGUAAGACCCGUUUUCAGGACAUCUUCAAAUCGAUCCUUACCAACCUCUCCAGCAGGAGCCCAGUGUGCAAACCGACCCAGAGAAAAUCGUACAGCUAUCACAAAGCCGUCAGAAACCGGCCCCACCAUGGCUAUCUCAGCUGCAGCGGCUGCAACUUCUUGCACGCCUUACAAAGCCAAGCUUGAAGCAAACUCAGCAAGUAUAUAUAAUACAGUUACACCUGGGCCACAGAGUUUAAUGUCAGAUGCAGGUCUCACGCCUGACGAUACGAAGAACAACAACAUUGGAAACAGUGCCGUGUCUACCAUGAACAGGAGUCUAAAGCGAGCUAAAGCAAAGUCGAGGAUGUUCAUAGUCUAUAACCCGAACAACGCCGAAGAUGGCCCGAACAACGCCAACGGAGGGAAGGACUCCCUAGUACCAACACAGACAAACGCAGCAGACCUGUGCUACAUAAACGUGAGCGGGAAACAAUACAUCACCACCCACUCCUGCCUCCAACAGUACCCUCUUACUCUCCUGGGCUCCCAAGCUAAGGAGCUCUACUGGAUCCCGGAGCUUAAAUCCUACUACUUCAACCGGAACCGGGACUGCUUCGAAUCCAUCCUGACAUUCUAUCAAACAGGUAGGGAGUUCAGACCACUGAGUGUGGAUGAUGAUAUCUAUGAGGCGGAAAGGAAGUUCUUCAGAAUAGAGAUGAAGACCAGGGUCACGGAGUCGGUCAUACCUCUAGGAGAAACUCCAGAGCAGCUGUCAGUGUUUUGCGAUGGUGACUGGAAAACAACUAAGAAAAGGGUACACAGGUUUCUGAUGGACCCGAGGUGUUCAAGAUGGGCCACAGCUUGGCAUAUUAUGGACAUUCUGUUUAUCUGCACAUCCAUAACCCUCUUAAUCAUGGAAACUGAUGAAAACGUCAAGGAUGCCUUCUCGGAGGGCCAUCCUGCCUACAAGUAUCUUUUUGGUCUAAACGUUCUCGUCAUUGCAUUUUUCACAACCGACCUAUUGAUACGAUUCAUCACCUGGCCGGGGUUGAUUAACUUUUGGAAGAACUUAUUUAACAUCCUAGAUAUCCUAUCAAUCCUGCCGUUUUACGUGAGCCUUCUCGCUGAAGCAUUCGAAGAUCCCACAUCCCCGUCCAGUAACGAACACAAAAGUUAUGUGGUAUUGCGGGUUUGCAGAAUUUUCAGAAUAGUCAGGGUUUUCAAGUUUAUCAGACAUUCACAGGAUCUUAUCAUGAUCAUCAAAGUGGUUGGCCACGCCAAGAAGGAACUGUGUCUCCUCAUCCUUCUACUCUUCAUUUUCUCGGUCAGCUUUGGCAGUCUCAUGUACUACAUCGAACACACCUCGAAUGAUAAAUUUUCCACCAUAAUGCAGGGCUGCUGGUGGGCCAUCGUUACCAUAACAACCAUAGGUUACGGGGACAUUGCCCCAGAGACUUGGCUAGGCAAGGCAGUCGGAAGUCUGGUCCUCACUAUGGGAAUUGUCUUCUUGGCCCUCCCCAUGACCAUCAUCGUAGGGAAGUUUAGUACCGUAUACGAGAAAGAAAAAGAAAAAAAUUAGAUUAGUUUUUUAUUGUUAAUAGCAGAGCCUUAAGGAAAAAGUAUUGCGUAGGGCAGUUUUUAUUCCUAGAAGAGAAUGUUGACAUUUUUGGUUUAAAUGCAGCAUUUUUGAUUCCGUUUCAAAGUAACAAUUUGAUGGAUCAAUGUACAAACAGACCCAGGGUUUUAUACGGUCGCAAGUAUUAGAAUUUGUGUGACUAUUUUAUUAAUAAUUCUGAAAAUAAAUAUAAAAUCAUUUAGAUGAAAAAAGACUGAUUGUGAUUUUAAUACUGUUAUUCUACAAGCAGAAGUUUAUGAGCAAAAAGUUUUAGCAAUUUCAA